CAGGAGCGUCAUGAGGUUUCCCACAAUUCAACGGGAAGUUGACCUACAUUUAGAUGACUAACCCGAGAGGAAAUGGUCCUCUAAGAUUAAAGAUUAACCCGAUCUUGAGUGCUCAUCGAUGAAAUGAAGCUACUUGAUGUAAAGGGAUACAUCUCAGCAUACGGAUUACACAUAAAAACAAGGAUUUAAUGAAAUAAUUCAGGAGUUAUCUGCAAUAUAAAACAGUGUCUGCUUGAAAUAUUUUUCCAAAAUGGCUUCCCAAAGUGUGAAUGUUUCUUUAGAUGACAUCGAUUUAAACCAACUCAGGGAUCCAGCUGGCAUAUUUGACCUCAUAGAGGUGGUUGGAAAUGGAACCUAUGGCCAAGUUUACAAGGGACGUCACACAAAGACGGGGCAGCUGGCGGCCAUUAAAGUGAUGAACGUCACAGAAGAUGAGGAAGAAGAAAUAAAGCUAGAAAUAAAUGUCCUGAAAAAGUACUCCCAUCACAGAAACAUAGCUACAUACUAUGGUGCCUUUAUAAAGAAAAGUCCAGCAGGGAAAGAUGACCAGCUUUGGCUUGUCAUGGAAUUCUGCGGGGCUGGCUCAGUAACAGAUCUUGUCAAAGCCACUAAAGGCAACUCUCUAAAGGAAGAAUGGAUAGCAUAUAUAUCAAGAGAAAUACUAAGGGGUCUCUCCCAUUUACAUGCUAGCAAGGUGAUACACAGGGACAUCAAGGGACAGAAUGUACUACUAACAGACAAUGCUGAAGUCAAGUUGGUCGAUUUUGGGGUCAGUGCUCAACUGGACAAAACCAUUGGCAGACGGAACACAUUCAUUGGGACGCCAUAUUGGAUGGCCCCUGAGGUAAUAGCCUGUGAUGAGAAUCCAGACGCAACUUACGAUAACCGUAGCGAUCUAUGGUCUCUUGGGAUAUCUGCAAUAGAAAUGGCCGAGGGAAAGCCGCCACUUUGUGAUAUGCAUCCAAUGAGAGCAUUGUUCUUGAUACCCCGAAAUCCACCGCCAAAAAUGAAAGGGCGGAAAUGGUCGAAAAAAUUUAUAAGCUUCAUCGAUACUUGCCUUCUUAAAGAUUACACCCAGCGACCAGGGACAGACCAAUUGUUGAAACAUCCAUUUAUACGAGACCAACCAACCGAGAGACAGGUCAGGAUACAACUGAAGGACCACAUAGAUAGACACAAGAAAUCACUCAAAAAAGAUGUUGACCAUGAUACUGAUUAUGAAUAUGAGGGUAGUGACAAUGAUGAAGAAGACCCCUUAGCAGAGGGUGAACCAAGUUCAAUAAUUCAAAUCCCGGGAGAAUCAACGUUGAAACGUAACUUCCAACAAUUGCAGUCCGGGGAGGGCCGAAUCACCCCCAGUCCCUUCCUGCCCCCCAAUAUGCACUUCUUCAAUGGGGGAGCUCCCCCCAACCAACCCCCACCAAAACAAUCUAAGCAACAGCAACAAAAAUCACAACAACAACAACAACAAAAACGUCAAAAUGAACACCACGAGCAAAGACAAAGGCAACAACAACAGAACCAGCAGCGACAUCGAGAAAACCAACGUCAUGCGGAAAAUCAACGUCACGCUGAAAACCAACGGCAGAAGGAGGCACAAAGACAGGUGGGGCCACCUCGGCAACAUCAGAUUCAGCAGCCCCGAGCUAUACACCCAUCUAGUGGGGGUCAGGGAUACACGCCUCCACCCCCAGUCAGGAGAGAUCAAGCCCCCACUAGUCGUGAACAGCAGGGUCCCGUGAAACAGUUCCCCCUUCAGUCUAGAGUCAUAGUCGUUCCUCAGCCUAAAGCUGUUGCUCCACCUCGAGAAUCUCCACGCAGUAACCAUGGCAACAACAGUAGUAAUCAUGGCAACAAUAAUAAUACCUACCGAGGGCCUGAUCGCAAACCAGAGGAGUUAGAUCUGUUAGCGCAACAGCUGAAUGACUUAGCGGCAGAAGAUCGCACAAGAACUCCGACACCAACAAAUGAAGUACCUGAGCGCCCUCUGCUGGAGACGGACAGUGAGGAUGAUGACGAAGGACCACCUGGUGGUGAUGGAACUCUAAUCACCUCUGAACCUGCUAGGCCACUACCAGCACACUACAACAAUGACACCCUAGAGACAUUAGAAAGCAUGAUAAUACAUGAGGAAGCAUCUCCAGCUCAUGUACCAGGGGUGCGCUCAACUAAUGGAUCAGCCGGCUCUAGCACAGUGGCUCCACCUAUUGAGGAAGAACAAGAAAAUGAAGAUGGAACUUUGGUUCAUCCACGAAGGAACCGUUCAGAGCCACAAUUUCGCCACCCAGAUCGAGAUGAGGACCGCCAGCGUCACAAUUCUGAGAAAGAUCGCCAGAGCAGAACAGGACCAUCGACAUCACAUCAAGGGUUGCCAUAUUCACGUAGCAGUAGUGGGGUCCUACCAGACCUCCUCCCUCCUCAGACCCCACCCCGGGGCAGAGAUGAGACCCCUCCCCGCCCCCAAAGACCACAAGACAAAACAGUUUCAGAUGAGUCUAUGCGAAGAAAGUAUCGUCAAGCUGUAAGUGGUGCCGCUGGAGUGCGGGAUUCAAAACGAUCAUUUGCAGCAUUUGGUUUUGGCAGUGGUAGAGUCACAGAUGGGGAACAAAGUGCAAGUACAGGAGACUUACAAAAUCUCUCUGCAGCUAGUCUCUCAGAUAGCAACCAACAAAUGAACACAUUGACGCCACCUAGACGAGGAUCUCAAAUUAACGUCAAUGUCACGCCAACAUCUGCGUCAACAGUUGCAUUUAGCGACACACCAGAAAUACGCAAAUAUAAAAAGCGGUUCAAUUCUGAUAUUCUCUGUGCGGCUUUAUGGGGGGUAAAUCUGCUGAUAGGAACAGAGAAUGGUCUACUGCUGCUGGAUAGAAGUGGGCAAGGAAAAGUUUACCCUCUCGUAAGCAGACGGAGAUUUGCACAAAUGGAGGUGCUCGAAGGACAAAACAUUCUAGUUACCAUAUCCGGGAAGAAAAAUAAAGUCAGGGUCUAUUACUUAUCAUGGUUAAAAAGCAAGAUCAUCAAGGCAGAAGGCAUUGAGAAGAGAAAUGGGUGGACAAAUGUCGGGGAGCUCGAGGGUUGUGUACAUUUUAAAAUAGUAAAAUAUGAAAGGAUCAAAUUCUUGGUCAUUGCCUUGAAGAACAGUGUGGAGAUCUACGCAUGGGCUCCAAAGCCUUAUCACAAAUUCAUGGCUUUCAAGUCAUUUGGUGACCUUGCCCACAAGCCAGUACUAGUUGACCUUACUGUAGAGGAGGGUCAAAGGUUAAAGGUCAUAUAUGGAUCACAUCAUGGGUUCCACGCCAUCGACCUGGACUCAAACAGUGUAUUUGACCUCUAUAUACCAUCACAUACACAGACCCCCAUAGUACCACAUACAAUAGUCAUUAUACCAAAUACAUCAGGAAUGCAGCUCUUGCUAUGUUAUGACAAUGAAGGAGUGUAUGUCGACUCAAAUGGAAAAAUCUCAAAAAAUGUUGUCCUGCAGUGGGGUGAACAACCGACAUCUGUGGCAUUUAUCAGUACAGGCCAAAUCAUGGGCUGGGGAAACAAAGCCAUAGAAAUCAGAGCUGCGGAGACGGGACAUUUGGACGGAGUAUUUAUGCAUAAAAAGGCACAAAAGCUCAAGUUCUUAUGUGAACGAAAUGACAAGGUAUUUUUCUCAUCAAUACGUGGAGGCUCCUCCUGUCAGAUAUACUUUAUGACUCUCAAUAAACCCGGCAUAUCAAACUGGUAGAAAACAUAGAAUUAAUGUAUAUAGAAAAAACAUAGGAGGAAACAUGUAGGAGAAAAUACAUGGUGAAAUACAUAUGAGGAAUUACACAGGAGACAAUGGAGAGAUUAUAUAGGAGAAAAUUCAGGGGAGGAAUAUCUAGG